AGGUUGGCAGGAGCAGAAGGGCGGAGGGAAAGGGAAGCGAAACAACGCCGGCUGGGCAGCCGACCUGGAAACUGACACCGCCGAGGUGCCGAGCAGCUGAGCCACCCCGAGGAGAAGAAGCAGGAGCAGAAGACGCUGCAAGUGCAGCAGCUCAGACCGAGCAGGCUCGGCUCACGGGCGACCCCGACCUGCCCGCCUGCCUGCCCCGGGGAUAGCGCGCGCACGGCAGCCCUGUCAGGUCCUGGAGCGAACAGCCGCCGCCGCUGCUGCCGCGCUCGCUUGCCCCGCCUCCCGCCCUCCUGGGCCCGGCAAGGUUGGCCCGUCGGCGGGGGAGCGGAGCUUCGUCCAAGCCAGAGAGAGGAGGGCCGGGCGGCGAGGCAGCAGCGCUCGGCUUCUCCUGAGGGGCGAGCCGGAGCGAGGCAGGUGGCGCUUCCGUCGCGCUCGGCCGCCAGCGUCGCUCUCCAAGCCCCAACUUUGGCGGGCGGAGUGGGGCGGGCGCUGAAGGGGAGGAGGAGAAGAAGCCAAAUAAAAAAGCCCCCCCCCCCGGCCGCUGAGGUCUCUUUCAGGUGGCCGCGUCAGACACCGAGAGCGCCCGGCCCCGGAGCUUCCUUUCCACGGGAGAAGCACUUGAGAGAGACUGGGAAGCUGACUGGAAAGCGCGCGGAGGCUGCCGCUGCUGCUACUGCUCCCCGGGCAGCUCUGCGCCCAGUCCGGCGCCUCGCUCUCCCCACGCCCUGUCAAGGAGGAGCUGCCCGCUGCCGCUUCUUCUUGGCCCGCUGCAGCCUUUAGCUCCCUCGCCAUAUGUGAAGCUGGAGGCUCCCCAACUUGACAAAGCCAUAGAAAAACCUGCUCUCUUCAGGGUUGCUGAGCCAUGUCAUGUAUUGUUCGCUGGCGCUGAGUUAAUUCCCCCCCCUUGCCUUCAUCUCUUGCUCGCAUUUGCCCUCUGACAUCAAAGCACGGAGAACGCCAUGGGCUGCUUCUGCGCCGUCCCGGAGGAAUUUUAUUGUGAAGUUCUGCUUCUGGAUGAAUCCAAGUUGACCUUAACCACCCAGCAGCAGGGGAUAAAGACUGUGACUUCUUCCCUUGUGCUUCCUGACCCUCGGACCUAUGCUCUUCGGACGUUUGUGCCUACCAUCUUGCCCCCGGUCCCAACGCUCCUUGAUGGGACUUCGCUCGUAAGCAGCUCGGACCGUGACACAAAAUCCAUGACACCUUUGAAGUCAACGAAAGGGUCGGUUGUCCUAGGCUACGUAUUCCGGCAUUUAAACCUCGUGGAGAUAGAUUACUUUGGACUGCGUUACUGUGACAGAAGUCACCAGACGUACUGGCUGGAUCCUGCAAAGACCCUUACAGAACAUAAGGAACUAAUAAACACUGGUCCACCCUACACACUGUACUUUGGUGUUAAAUUCUAUGCAGAAGAUCCAUGCAAAUUAAAAGAAGAAAUCACAAGGUAUCAGUUUUUCUUACAGGUGAAGCAAGAUGUCUUGCAAGGCCGCUUGCCUUGCCCUGUCAACAUUGCUGCUCAACUGGGAGCAUAUGCAAUACAGGCUGAACUUGGAGACUAUGAUCCAUACAAGCAUAUUGCAGGUUAUGUUUCGGAAUACCGCUUUGUUCCAGACCAGAAAGAAGAACUAGAAGAUGCUGUAGAACGGAUACACAAAACUCUGAUGGGGCAAGUUCCGGCUGAGGUAGAACUGAAUUACUUAGGAGUGGCAAAGACGCUUGAAAUGUAUGGAGUUGAUCUUCAUCCUGUUUAUGGUGAAAACAAGUCUGAGUACUUCGUAGGGUUAACCCCUGUAGGAGUGGUUGUCUACAAGAAUAAAAAGCAAGUUGGGAAGUAUUUUUGGCCUAGAAUUACAAAAGUCCACUUCAAGGAAACUCAGUUCGAGCUCAGAGUUCUGGGAAAAGAUUGUAAUGAAACUUCCUUCUUCUUCGAGGCACAGAGCAAAACUGCAUGCAAGCAUUUAUGGAAAUGCUGCGUAGAGCAGCACACAUUCUUCAGAAUGCCAGAAAAUGAAUCCAAUUCUCUAUCAAGAAAACUUGGCAAACUUGGGCCUCUUGGCUAUAAACACCGGUUUAGUGGGAGAACAGCUUUGCAAAUGAACAAAGACAUCUCUAUCCAGCUUCCUCGACCUGACCAAACAGUUGAAAGAAGUCGUAGUAAGACUUAUCCAAAAAGAGCAUCAAAACCACAACAGAUUGGAUCACAUUGUACAAAUCACACUGUAACUGGAGAAAAUGAAGGAACUACAAAAAUUAUUGCACCCUCACCAAUAAAAAGUUUCAAAAAAUUAAGAAAUGAAAGCAGUCCAGAAACCCAAAGAAGCAAAACCAGUGCACCAUGGGAAGAAAGCUGCCCACAGAGUGGGCUUUAUAAUUCUCCCAGUGACCGCAACAGAUCUCCAAAAUUUCCUAAUUCACGACGACGAUACCCUUCAGGGGGGAGCGAAAAUGAGCCUGGAGUGCCAUUUAGACGAAGAUCACGAUCCCGUUGCAAUACCAGCAGUGGUAGUGAGUCAGAAAACUCAAACAGAGAACAUCGGAAGAAGAGACAUAGGGUACGGCAGGAGAAUGACAUGGUUGAUUCAGGUCCCCAGUGGGAAGCAGUGCAGAGACGGCAAAAAGAGAAAAACCAAUCAGAUCCCAACCAUCGGCGGUCCAGGCACAGAUCUCGAUCGAGAAGUCCAGAUGUGCAAGCAAAGGAAGAAUUGUGGAAACACAUUCAAAAGGAGCUUGUGGACCCAUCUGGCAUGUCUGAGGACCAAUUAAGAGAGAUUCCAUAUACUAAAGUAGAGACUCAAGGCGACCCUGUUCGCAUCAGACAUUCCCACUCUCCUCGAAGUUAUCGCCAGUAUCGACGGUCGCAGUGCUCUGAUGGAGAGAGAUCUGUUUUGUCAGAAGUUAAUUCAAAAACAGACCUUGUACCUCCAUUACCUGUAACUCGUUCCUCAGAUGCUCAGUGCCCCACCAUUGCAGUAUCUCACCAGAGGCGAAAUGGAUCUAAGGACAGCCUAACAGAAGAAAAGGCACAGGCACCCAUCAACAACCUGGAUGGAAAGCACAGUGCAAAGACAAUAAAAAUUGUACAAGCUUCACGGCUUAAGACAGAGACCUGAUUCUUCUAGUAAAGGACUGUGAGAGGGUGCUGUUCCUUGGCAUUUUCAAAUGGUACAGAAGUCCAACUACACUUAAAACUGCACAGAUGGGAUUUUUGACCUGAAUUAAAGCAAAGAUUUAAACUAUGAAAUAUUUCUUGAGGACGAGGACAAUUGCUCUGAAGGAUAACACCAGUAAGAUCAGAGGAUUGAACAAAACAGCUGUUGGCUUACUGGAAGAUCUAUGAAAGUAAAGGCUUUAGAUAAUAAUUACUCCUGUUCCAAAAACUAGUUAUAGCCGAUUGUUAACCAUGGACAACGCGCUGGGUGACUUGAUUCAAAAAAUGGAAGUAUCAGCAAAGAUACAAAAGCAAUGUACUUGCCAAAUGUGCAAUAGUAAAUGUUUUCUGAAUUUAA